AUAAGAAAUUUCUUGAAAUGAUUCAGACUAUUUCAAAUGAUAGUCAUAAUGAAGGAUUGAAAAAAGCAGCUGAUGGACUUGUUUGGAAACUUAUUCGAGAGCCCGCAUUCUUAGAGAAAAUAGCAAAAAAAGAGGAAGAAGAGAAAACUGCUGCUAAAGGAGUUAUGGAAACCGUAAUUGAAGAAGUAGUAAAUAGUGAUGGUCAAAAACAACUUAUUCAAACGAUUAAGCCAGCUACAAAUACUACUGGUGAACGAACAUUUCAAUAUGAUAUAAUGAUUUCAUAUUGCCAUGCUGACAAAGAACUCACUUAUAAAAUACAUAAAUAUUUAGUAAGUCAAGGUUUUAAAGUAUGGAUUGAUCUCGAUAACAUGCAUGGACCAGCAAUGAGUGCGAUGGCAGAUGCAGUCGAAAAUUCAGAAUUUAUUGUUAUGUGUAUGUCUGAUUCAUACAAACAAAGUACAUAUUGUCAAGCUGAAGCUGAAUAUGCAUUCAGUUGUAAACGACGUCUUAUUCCAUUAAUUAUGCGACCAAAAUAUAAACCUGAUGGCUGGUUAGGAUUCAUGAUUGGUUCACGAAUAUAUGUAGAUUUUGGUAAAUUUGAUUUUGAAACAGGCUGUCAAAAAUUAUUGACAGAAAUUAGUCGUCAAAGUAAACGACCUCUUCCGUCGAAAAUUAAGUCUGAAAAUCAAAAUGAACAGUCAAAUGAUAUAGUUCCUAAUAAGACACAAAUAAUUACGUCUCAUCAUAAUAAACCUUCGAUAGAUAAUAAUGAUACUAAUGUACUCUAUAUUCAUACGAAACGAAAACCAAUGUCAAAUUUUAAUCGAAAACCAUUAUAUUUAUGGACAGAAUCUGACGUAUUAGAUUUUCUUUCCCUUGAACAUUUAAUUCAAUUAAUGCCAUUAUGUGAAACAAUGAAUGGUCAAGCUCUUAUACAAUUAUACAAAAUGUGUACGGCUCAAGGCACUAAAAUGUAUGUUCUGCUUAAUGAAGAGUUAAAUUCGACAUUUAAAUUGAAAUUACCUAUUGGAGUAUUCACAAAAUUUUUAAGUUCUAUAGAACAACGAUUAAAUACAGGUUCAUUAGUACGAUCGGAAACUAAAAUACAAUAUCCUGAAACCAAAUCUACAAAAAUUUCACAAGAACAUCUUUCAUAUAGUCCUAGUACACCAACUGCUAAUUAUAAUCCGUCAAAAUAUCCAUUACAAUCGGAUAAAGCCUAUGAUCUUUUAAUUACUUCCGAUGUUCCUGCUAUACAAGUAUUGAGAACAGUGGAACGUUAUGGUAUAAAUUUUGCGAAAAAAGCGUUUGCAUCAAAAGUAUCCUUUCGUUAA